AUGGCUGAACCAGAAUACAUCGUGGAAUCUGAGUGUGGAACAACAGAGGAGGAGAAAUCUUCGUCUGCUUCUUCGGAAGUUGUGAUUGGAAUUGAUAUCGGAACUUCACAAUGCAGCGUCGCUGUCUGGAAUGGCUCAGAAGUGGAGCUUCUGAAGAAUACUAGGAACCAGCCGUUAAUUCGUUUUGAUGUCCCUGUCGAUAAUGAUAUUCCUUUAGGUGAAGUGAACUAUCAUCUUUCUCAUAAGCAUGAAAGAUUAUCUGGAGCUUCUAUCUUGAACAUGAAGCGACUAAUAGGAAGGGUUGAUACCGACCGAGUUGUUCGCGCAAGCAAAAACUUUCCUUUUUUGGUUCAGACAUUGGACAUGGGUGUUCGUCCUUUCAUCGCUGCCUUGGUGAACAAUGUUUGGAAAUCCACUACACCUGAAGAAGUUCUUGCAUUAUAUCUAGCUGAAUUAAGAAUCAUGGCUGAAUCUAAAUUGAAGCGGCCUGUAAAAGACGUCGUUUUGUGCAUUCCAGUUUCAUUUAGUCGGUUUCAGUUGACUCAAAUAGAACGAGCUUGUACUAUAGCUGGUCUCCACGUUCUUAGAUUGAUGCCUGAACCUGCUGCUGUGGCAUUACUAUAUGCACAGCAGCAGCAGCAUAUGUUACGUGACAAUACGGGCAGGGUAAGUAAAAGGAUCGCUCUCGUCUUUAAUAUGGGUGCGGGGUAUUGUGAUGUUGCUGUAGCAGGUAUAGACGGGGGAGUUACUGAGAUAAAAGCCUUACUUGGAAGUGAAAUCGGAGGAGAGGACUUUCUUCAGAACAUGAUGCGCCAUCUCUUGCCGAGUUUUGAUAAGCUUGAUAUCAAGUCAAUGGGGUUACUUCGAGUUGCAAUUCAAGAAGCCAUUCACGAGCUCUCUUUCCAAGAAAGUGUACAAAUUGAUGUAGAUUUGGGUCAUGGGUCGAGAUUAUGCAAGGAGGUGAAACGGGAGGAAUUCGAAGAGGUAAACGAGUAUAUAUUUUUCAAGUCUGGGAUUCUCAUAGUCCAGUGCAUGCACGAUGCGGAUGUUGACGUGGAGGACCUGACCGACGUAAUAGUUGUCGGUGGCUGUUCUUGUAUUCCGAAAAUAAGAAAGCUUGUCGAGAAUUUAUGCGAACGAGAAAUUUACCAAGGAAUGAAUCCGCUCACAGCAGCAGUCUACGGGACAGCUCUGGAAGGAGCGUUAACUUCAGUUAUCGAUGAUCCUUUGGGCGACGUGGACCUGUUAACCUCUCAAGUCACAACUCUCGGAAUAGGGAUACGAGCCAACCGGUCUGAAUUUGUGCCCGUUAUACCUCGAAACACUACAAUGCCUGUUCAUAAAGAAAUGAUCUUCACAACCGUCAAAGAUAACCAGACCGAGGCAUUGAUAGUCGUCUACGAGGGUGAACCAGAGAUGGAAGACGAGAAUCAUCUGCUCGGUUAUUUCAAGAUAACCGGAAUUCCUCCGGCACUUAAAGGGGUUCCAGAGAUAAAUGUGGGCAUGGAUAUUAAUGCAUCAAAUGAGCUGAGUGUUUUGGCUAGACUCAUACUUCCAGGUUCUCGACAUCCUCUAGUUCCCGUAAUGGAAUUAAAGAUGCCGACCGUUGAUGACGGGCACAGUUGUUGCGCCGAAGUACUGGCCAGAGCAUAUGGGCCUACUCUGGACUCAAUGAUAGUCCGAAGGAAAAAUCAUUCGAUUUAA